AUGUCUGAGCUUGAACUCUUAGCAGAUCCUCUAAGCGUUUUACCUCCAGAGGUUGUUUUACGGGUCCUGGACUUCACCCCCGCACCCACCCUAGCGUCUCUUACCGCGGUAUCCAAAGCCUGGCAUCAAUUUAUCGACGUCACACACCAACAAGCAAUCUACGCCGCUGCACUUAAGAAUAAUCAACCCUCCGGACGCUCCUCUCAGCUGAGCAACACCACAUUCUCUAAGUUAUUUGAAGGUGCUCUACCAUGCAAAGAAUUGUGUAAGCGCCAAGCGCUGCUCACCCGCAAUUGGGCCGAGUCGCAACCAUCUGCGCGAGAGUCGGUGCUGCAGGUCGGCAAUGAAUUUAUCUGGAGGUUCCGCCCCGAUUUCAAGCGUCGAAUCUUCAUCUCAACAUCCCAUGCGGGCGGACUAUACGUCACUGACAUGGACACGGGCCUGAAUCUGUGGAACCUUCCCUCGACGCUGGAUAGCGAUGAGGAUGCGGUCCGCCCCUUCGCGCAUCUGGAAUAUCAGGAUGGCAUGGCCGUCUUUGAUCGCGAGGGGGAUGCACUGGAGGUCUGGCAGGCGGAUCUGGAAGGGGCCAAGCGUGGCGAAUUCCGGCGCAUCGCAAUAUUGGACCAUGAUUGUCAAACGCGAGGCUUCCAGCUCUCGUACGGAUCACUCUGCGUGGUCUCGACCGAGGGGCAGGGUUUCGUGUACGAUAUGACACAGAGACCUCCCCAGCUCACUACGCACUUGGACAUUGAGCAAGAUGCAGUGGGCCAUCUCGACCAGAGUCAGGAUGCCGUGAUCUACUCCAUGGGUCCAAGAGGGUAUCACGUCUACGAUAAAAAGUCGGGGGCGUUCUUGGGUGAGUUGCAGCCGUCACUCUGUACGGAGAAGUAUCACAUUCGCCCGCCAGCGGUCGCGCACCCCUCCCCACGAGCAGCAUUUGCGGGCUUUGCAGACGCCGUGCGUCAGGGGACAUCGCGUUCAUCAUACCAGGAGGGGGUAUCUCGCAAAGAUCAUCUGGUCCCGAUCAAGGUCGAGCGGGGCCCAUUCCCAACGCCCAAUGACCCUGAGCAUGUUCGCAACAGGGAGGACGAAUGGGGAGCUGGCAUGUUAGAUGGUGAACUCUUCACCGGCUUCUCCCGUGCUGGUCGUGUUUUCGUGUGCUCUAACUGGCGCAAGGCACUCGAAAGUUCAGCCAGUAUGGCGGCGCAUAGUGAUCUCAUCGAAUGUGAUUCCAAUGGGCGGGGCUUUGACCUGGGUGGGUGGUUGUCCGUGCGUAACCACCGCGUGAUGUUCGAAAUCCAAGACCGGGUGUAUGUUGUCGGGCUUGAUGACAAGGAUCGAGUACAAGUUGGAGAUCGUCCUGCCCGCGGGUCGUUCUCACUCGUCACCAGCUCCGUGGUGCAUCUUAAUGUGCCGGUCAGUUUCAUGGCUCUGUAUGAUGAUGCGAUCAUGACUACUUACACUACUAUCGCAUGGCGUCAAUCGCUUCCUCAUCUCCCCGGAGCCGCACCUCCACAACCAGAGCAAGGCCCCGCUCGUAUUUUCCCCAUCAAGGCAGUUCGUGUACUCAACCUAGCACCCAAACUUGACGGUGACACGCCCAAGUCGAACCAAGAUGCCAACGGAUCUGAGGACUCGGCCUCAGCCGGGAGAAACUUGUGGGGCUCUGAACAAGCUCCUCUACCGCUUGAGGGUGUGGCAGUCUCACCUGCUCUGGUAGAACUGAUAACCAUGCUUGACGAAGAUUUAGAUGGCGAGGAAGAAGAUGAGGGGAUAGUCACCUUUACUGACCCAUUGGAGGGAGAAAGCGAGGCGGACUCAGAAUGGGAGGACGAGGAGGAUGAUGGGGAGGGAGAAGAGGAGCUCCAGGGGGGCCGUGAAUACGGUGAUGCACCUGUAUAG